CACGCGCAGGCGUAAAAAGUUAGUGUUGCAAUCUGCACCAGAAAGGGUAGGGGGAUUUAAAACCAGACUGAGAAAAAUGAGAAAGCUAGCAGUUGGCUAAUGAUGGGGCCCCGACAUAGUUAGCCAACUGAUAAUAAUCAUGGGAGGAUGUGUUGGGAGAGAACGCGAGGACACACAGGGCCACGGUUCAUCCAGGAGCGGUGGAAGGACACACCGAAAACGUGGAGGUCGCAAUGAGCCUCUCAAGAAGGACAAGCACAAGUGGAAGAGUGACUACCCCAUGACGGAGGGCCAGCUCCGCAGUAAGAGGGAUGAGUUCUGGGACACGGCCCCGGCCUUCGAGGGACGCAAGGAGAUAUGGGACGCCCUGAAGGCGGCCACUGUGGCCCUGGAGUGCAACGACCACGAGCUGGCCCAGGCCAUAGUGGAUGGAGCCAGCAUCACACUGCCUCACGGGUCCCUAACGGAGUGUUAUGACGAGCUGGGUAACCGCUACCAGUUGCCCGUCUACUGCCUGGCCCCUCCAGUCAACCUGAUCUCCGAGCGCAGCGAUGAGGACCCCAGUGACAGCCCCGAGCCCACCGCUGCCCCCAAGAAGGAGUUCCAGCUCAAGGUGCGCCUUUCCACGGGCAAGGACCUGCGCCUUAGCGCCAGCAUGGCCGACCCCAUCGGGCAGCUGAAGAAGCAGCUGCAGGCCCAGGAGGACAUCGACACGGCCCACCAGCGCUGGUUCUUCUCGGGCAAGCUGCUCACGGACAAGACCCGCCUGCAGGACACCAAGAUCCAGAAGGACUUUGUCAUCCAGGUCAUCGUCAACCCACAGGCCCCCAUUAACUAGGUCCCAGAUGAGAGGAGGAGUGAAGAGGAGGGGUGAUGAAGAGACCGGACUGGGUAAGAGGAACCCUGGAUAAUGGCUGUACCGCUGCGCUUUAAAACGGAGAGGUGUUUUUGGGGGAACAGAAGGGAGAGACUUUUCAAUGUCUACCAUUUUAAAGAGUGUGAUAUAUUUUUGAAUGUGUGACUUCUCUGUGGGAGGGUUGGUUGGUCAAUUGAUUGAUCUAGCCAGACCAGACCACUCACUCUGAGAAGGGUUUUCUCUGUGUCACUCACCACACUAACUCUGGAGUCACACUGUCCUCUGAGCCCUCUACCCUCCCCCUGCAAAAAUGACCCAACCCAAAUCACAGCAGAAAUGCCCUACAGAUGUGAGACUGCAGGUGUGAACUGAAUGGCACGUGCAAGGGGUCUGCGUCUGCACUAACGUUAACCAAGUGCCAAUAGAAAUCGCAGAGUCAUUUGCAUUGGUUGUAAAGCACAUCUUUUUCUGCCCGAUACUCUGGCAUGGAUUCCUACUAUGAUCCUCCCUCAAGUGAAAUACAAACUAUUUUUCUCAUUCUUACUCUUAAAUAAGCUUUUUUUGCACACUUGAUUAUACUUGCAUAGUAGUUUGUGUGCCUUCAAGGACAAAAACAAAACAAAAUCUCUAGUUUUACUGCUAAAGCCUUCUGUCUAGAUUCAGGAAUAAUCUUUUCAUAGAUCUAUAAAAAUCAUAAAUACACUUCUGCCUUUUUCGAUUAUCUGUCUAUCAGUUGUUGAAGUUCAGAUGUACUGUGGUGUUUUCAUGGAUGUUUUCCACGUGUUGUCCCCCACCCCUAUUUUUUUAUGUACAUGAAAAGUGAGUGAUUUUAAAGAGCCCAGCCCUCGUAUGCUGUGCCACAUUACAAUCCUGAGGUGAAAUGUGAAGCUAACCAUUUCAGAGCUAUAGUGAAGAUGAUUGGAGAAAGCCUCUCUGUUUAAUACUGUACUGAGUGUACAAAACAUUAGAAACACCUUCCUAAUACUGAGUUGUACCCCCUUUUGCCCUCAGAACAGCCUCA